AUGUCUGCCAAUCAAUUGACUAAAGUCGUCGUCUUCGGUGCUUCUGGCAACUUUGGCACCCCCAUUACAGCAGCUCUUAGACAAUCUGGCUUCGAGGUCACGAUUGUCACGCGAAUUGAAUCCAAAUCCACUUUCCCCAAAGAUGUUCCCAUCGUCAGAACGGAGUAUACUUACGAUGCCUUGACCAAAGUUUUGUCUGGUCAUGAUGCUGCGGUAUGCACUGUCGGACCAGCCGGCAUUCCCUCACAAGGCACCAUGAUCGACGCUGCCGAAGCCGCUGGAGUUAAACGCUUCAUUGUAGCUGACUUUGGCUGGGGUCCUGAUUUUACCAGCUUUCCUGAGUUUGAACCAUUUAGAGCUCAGCGAGCUGUUGGUUCUGAGCGUGCAAGGACGCACGCAGCCACAAACCCAGAUUUCACUUGGACUAGCAUCGCAACAGGAAAUCCUAUUGACUGGGCCCUGAAGCGCUUUCCAACCAUGGGUUUCGACAUCAAGAACCAAUCAGCCAUCAUCUAUGAUGAAGGCAAAGAGUACUUUACCGGAACUACUCUUGAAGGUAUUGGACAAUCUGUGGCUGGUGUUUUGCAAAACCCAGCUGCGACAGCAAACCGCACUGUGAAAGUCAUGUCGAUCAAGACAUGUCAGAAUGAAUUACUGGAAGCCUUUCAGAAUAAGACGGAAACUCAGUGGGAGGUACAGAAACAGACUACGUGUGAGCUCAUCCAAGGAGCACGGGAUAAGAAGGAGAAAGGUGCAGGAGGUUGGGUUGCUGAUCUGGCUAUUGCUCAGCUGUAUGAUGAUGGAAAGGCUCGUUGUCUCGUUGCGCCAUCGUGGAAGGAAUCGGAUUCUGGAUUGCUUGGUGUUGUCGAGGAGAGUGCUGAGAGUCUUGUUGCUUCGGUUCUCGCUAGUGUAUAG